ACUACCAUUAUGUGAGUAAUUUUUUCAUUCCCCAAAAAUAAUACUACUCGAUAGAGCUGAAAAAUUCGCUAAAAAAUACCUUGUUCAUCGCUGUAACCUUGGAUCAACGUGUGUAUUUGAACAAAAAUCCCUUCGCUCAACACUCAUAGCUGGUGUGAAUUUGUUCAGAGCCCUAAAAUCACUGUGUUCAGAGUCCUAAUUGUUGUUCUUAACUGUAUUCAGAGCCCUAAAAUCGCUGUUUACAUGUUUACAAAUAGCCAAAGACAAGAAGAGCGCACCGGAAAAUAUGGGACUCCAAGGGUGAAGUACCUUCAGGAAUUGGUGACUCAGUUUCAGAAUGCUUCUGCUGAAGAGACAAAAGAGAAGAUUGUUGCUAAUUUGGCGAAUUUUGCAUAUGAUCCUUUCAACUUUACCUUUUUGCGCCAGCUUAAUGUUAUAGAACUUUUUCUCGACUGUUUAACUGAGCCUAGUGAGAAACUUGUGGAAUUUGGGAUUGGAGGAAUCUGCAACGCUUGUGCUGAUCCAGCUAAUGCUGCUCUUGUCACUCAAAAUGAUGGUAUCCCUCUCGUCAUCCAGUGUUUGUCAAGUCCUGUUAGGAACACGGUGAAUUAUGCUCUAGGAGCAUUGUAUUAUCUAUGCAAUGCAUCAAACAAGGAAGAGAUCUUAAAGCCAGAAGUAAUUGAUGCAAUCAAAAGUUAUGCAGCUGCAGGUGGAGUUAGUACAAGCUUCAGUAAUUUGGCUCAGGCUUUCUUAGAUCAACAUGUUCCUCAGCUUAAUUAAAAUGGAGGAAACCAAAGAUUAUGUUGUAAAAUCAUACUGUAUUUUCUAUCCAAUUCAUUAUAUUUUCAAAAGUUAUGAAGUCCAUGAAAUAUGUGACGUGGGUAAAGAAGACCCAUGCCAAGCCAGUGGGAUAUAGAAACAAAACAUGUAAUAAAGAGAACAAAUAAUGAGUUUCGAAAAGAACAGAAGUUAGCA